AUGUCUAGAUCCAACAAGAGGGCAGGCCAACGUCUCAUGCAAGACGAUCCGCAGAGGCCUCCAGCUUCUCCGUCCACAUCCUUCAGAUCAUUGGGACCAUAUCUCUCACGGAAGCUCAGCCGAAACAAGUUGAAUAGUGACGCCUGUGAAGCAGGCGCACCGAGUCCUCAACGUUGCACAACGAUCAAAGGAGAAGGAGAGAACAUCCGCACGGUACUCCGGAGGGCUAGAAGCACAACGUGGUCCAACGAUGCCUUGUCGAGACCGGGCCCAGCAACACCAAAGAUCGAUCGUGCCCCAAGAAAGCCGCCGCCUUACGCUGAAGCAUACCGGCAUGCUAUUCUCCACGAAAAAUUAGAGAUUGCCUUGCCCACCCGCGAACUGAAGAGAACUGGCAGCUUUCUAGCGAGAUACUCAAGAGCCAUCUCACCUCCUACGGGCUCAGCGCUGUCCGAACCUGGCAGCCAGCAGCGCCGUCCCUCCUUGUCUGUUACAGUCGCAACAAAGAUCAUGAUGCUGAGUGAUGAUGGAUAUAUACUACAGUACAAUACCGAAGGGCCGUCAAAUCGCACGCCAGAAAGAAUCCUGAAGCUUGGAGAAGAGUCGAUUGCUGUGGCUAGUGAUGAACUGCCAGGCAGACACUGGGUAUUGAACGUGGUCAGCGACAGUCGCAACAUCGAUCUCGGCGUUGACAACUUGGUGUUAUCACCUAAUCUCUCCUCUUUAUCGGUUCGGAACGGACAGAAACGGCCUCAACAUGUGUCCGGUUGCCUGAUCGCCUUCGCAGACGACAGCACAUUCAACGAGUGGCUGGUGGCAGUACGUACUGAGAUUGAGCGUCUAGGUGGAUUGGAGUACGAUCCCGAUGCUCUCGCGGCCAGUUCGAAGCCAGUGCCAUUCUCGGAUCUGUACUCACCUGUGUUCCCUUCCGCGCCCUUUGUCCGGCCCUUUGAUGCAGCUCGGCGAUCGCCAUUGCAGAUGUCCCAGGUUGAGGACCCGCUGCUCUCGCGGUCAACAAGACGCUCGUCUCUGUACACCGAUUCCGAUACUGAACAUCCGCCUCGUUCACCGGCCUAUGACAGGGCUUCCACACCAAGUCGGAGCCACUCAAGCUCUGCAACCUCCGUCAGACGCGAAGACUACGCUGAAUGGGACGAGACCGCCUCCACUCCAACAAAAGUGGGGUUCAUGCCGCAAACAAAACGCUCCAGAAGACCAGAGCUCACGCCCAUCAUCGUUGAGCCUCUAGCUACGCAAGGUCUAGCAUCCGAUCGGUCCAGUCGGACAUCGCUGAUGCUCAGGACGCCAACGCUUGCGUCGGAUGCCGUGCAUCAGAUGGCGGGUGCUUUUGAGAAACCACAAACUCCGUCAACUCCAGGAGCAUCUUUCGGUCCGAAUUUGGCGCCAUUUGCAUUGACAUAUAUGCUGGAGCAGACAGUCGAUGCCCCCCUCUCGCAUGAGAUCGUCCGUGCAUCCACUCAAACGCCAAGCCCUCCGCCUCCACCGUACACACUCGCACCGCAGAGAAGGUCUAGUCAGAAGAGAGCGAAGGAAGCCAUGGUCGAAGAUGGAGCAGGUUUGGGUAUCUCAGAGCUGACACAAUCACCUAGUGGUCAUCCGAGCCCUAUAUCGCCAGCAGCAGAGACGUCGAUGCUGCAGCAAAACCGUCCCACAAUACCGACUAGGCUCAGAAGGAAAGAUGAUGACGGCAGUAUCUGGGUUCCUCCCGCCGCUCCGCUGCGGCGCGUCGCAUCGACGACCAGGGCUGGCAGCAAAUUCUUCCCAGUGAUUCCAACGGACGACGGAUAUGGUCACGCAGAGCAAGGCACCCAGGAUAUGAUCCCUGCACAAGCUCCCCGAUCGGGUCCUAUGCUGCAGUCUCCUUUCCGCGAGCCUGGAAUUCUUCGCCAGCCGCGGAGCAUGCCGCUUUUGACAGCGGCUAGCACGCCUUUCGCUCCUCCGCCAAACUGCCCGCUUCCAGCCGUGCCACCCACACCGCCCUCCAGCAGGCUUAACGAUACUUGGCCGCUGAUGCCCGCAGACCCUCUGCUGCCGUCGCUGCCUAACACUAAGCUGACAGACAGUUCGACAAGUGGGCAUCGGACCCGGUCAACGACGAACAGAAGCCGCAGCAAACCGGAGCUGCCCACUUUGGACACUACUCGAGCAGCUCGCACUCGCGAAUGGGUGUCGCCGCUCAGCUCGAACCCGCUGAGUCCAGCAGAGGUGAAGUUCGCGCGUCGGCUGAGCACUGUGAAUGGAUUUCCUGUUGUCAACACUGAGAUCCUACCAGUCGAUUGA